AUGAACAAUCACCAAACAGGUACAUCUUCUUUAUCGGAUGAGGAUUUUCUUUUAAUUUCCAAGCUUUUAACUGGAGAAGUCUCCAUUCGAAAUAUUCCCACCGAAAAAUUCACAAAUAAGAAUUUCAUUUUGGCCAUUUCAUCAUCGAAUAAUGAUUUCUUCAGAUAUGCUACUCGGGAAAUGCUCUCUGAUCGGAAUUUUGUUUUAAAGGCUGUGGCCAAUACUCUUGGAAAUGCUCUCCAAUUUAUUCCCGAUGAAUUGUUGAAUGAUAGGGAAUUUAUAUUGCAAGCUGUUGGAGUGAGAGGAGGCUCGUUGAGAUAUUUGUCGAAACUUGAGUAUUUUGAUGAUAGGGAUCAGGUGAGUCCUCCUCGAGUAAUCUAUGAUGAAGAUAGAGAGAUUGUUAAGGUAGCUGUUUUGGAGAAUGCAUAUUCACUCCAAUAUGCCAGUAAUUCAAUGAGAAGAAAUCGAGAAUUAAUGAUUGAAUUGAUAAGAGAAACAACAGAUCCUAGAAGUUUGGUUGAAGUGAGUGAUGCGAAAAUGUUGGAUGAUGAAGAAUUUAUGGGAAUUGCAGUCGAGAGGGAUGGAUCAAUUUUGGAAUUUGCCUCACCUAGAAUUAAAUCUGUGAAAUCAAUUGUGAAAAAGGCAAUGUCAAACUAUGUCUAUGUUUUUGAAGAUGCCAGUGAGGAAUUGAGGAGUGACAGAGAAUUAGUCAUGCAUGCUUUAGAGUUGGGAGGAGGAAAUUUGUACGAACACUUUGGAGAAGAGUUGAAGAAGGACAAGAAUAUUAUUCUCAAUGUCUUGUCCACCAAUGAGGAUGUUUUCGAACAUCUUGAUCCAGAAAUGAGAAAUGAUAAGGAUAUUGUCAUGUGUGCUGUGGAAAGGGAUGGUAAUCUUCUAGAACAUGCCUCCGAUGCUCUUAGAGGUGACAAGCAAGUUGUUCUGAGAGCUGUCACAACUAGUGCAGAAGCUCUCGAAUACGCCUCUGAUGAUUUAAGAAGUGAUUUGGAAGUUGUUCAACAGGCAGUAUCAACUAAUGGAUGUGCUAUUGAAUAUGUAUUGGAUGAAAGUUUGAAGAAUCGUGAACUGUUAUUGAAGACCAUCAGCACAUACCCUCAAGCUAUUGAUGGUACUGAAUUCAGCUCUGAUCGUGAUUUUAUCUUGCAGUGUAUAAGAGAUCAACCUAUUAUUAUGGAAUAUGUGGAUGAGUCACUUCAGACCGAUAAGGAAUUUAUUAAGGAAAUUAUAAAACAAUCGAAAGGAGCUGCCAUUGAACAUUUAACUGAGGAAAUGAAAUCAGAUCAAGAAAUUGUCAUGCUCUCCAUGGAAGAAUAUCCAGCUGCUUUGCAAUAUGCUUCUGAGGAAAUUAAGAAUAAUAGGGACAUUGUUCUUAAGGCAGUCACAGUUGAUGGUGCCGUGUUGGAUUAUUGCUCUGAAGCUCUCAAGAAGGAUCGUGAAGUUGUAAUGGCAGCAGUGGGUAAUAAUGGGCAGGCACUCUCCUAUGCAUCCGAGGUGUUUCGUAAUGACAAGGAAAUUGCAUUGCUUGCUUGCAAAACAUAUGGCUUUGCCUUUUUGAUGGUAGGGGAAUCACUAAGACACGAUCAAGACAUUCUAGAACAAGCAAUGGAAACAGAUCCUUCAACCGUUGUUUUCAUAAGGAAAGAUUAA